AUGGCUCUGUGGCCCGUUGACCGUCUUGAGCGCAUGAUGGAAGAACCCUUCAGACGAAUGGAACGUUUCAAUCCAAUGCGUGAUAUGGACUGGAUGAGCCGUCAGAUCAUGCCGUACUGGAGGAACGCCGAUCACUCGAUGCUGCACGUAGGAAACCAAACCAAGGAGGGGAUUUCGAACCCGAAUCAGUGCAAAGCACCUGCAUUCACGUCAGAGAGUAGAACAACGUUACAGAGUCGCUUUUUACUGUGGCAUUUUCAACAUUACCUGGAAGUAUGGAAGAAUUUUCCUAGACUACCAUAUCCCGAGUCUACGAAAUCUCGAGUACAGCCUACAUCGACAUGCUUCUACCUACCAAAUAUCAAUCUAAAAGGCGGUACCUAUGAUGAGUUCGAUGCCAGUGAUAUUACUCAGUGUUGUAUACAGUGUGCUAGUCAGCCGUGUUGUGCCGGCUAUACUUACUCGAAGGCGUUAAAGAGAUGCUUCAUGAAGUCAUCGAUUAACUACUCUGAACAAGAAGAUAUGAUGAUCAGUGGUAUUCGAGCAAAUGCUAAUGGAGCUGCAGGUGUCGGAGCAAAAAUGAAAAACGUAAAAAUCGAGGGAAGCGGUGGAAGCCGUAUUACACUGGAAAACUCGGACGAAUGUCAGCAGUACUGUACAGGUAAUCAUUUCCGAAUACAUAACUCAUCUAUUCUUUGUGUAUACUGGCAUUUUCCUUUUUAUAAUUCCCAUUUAUAG